UCAUAACAGAAAUAUUCAUCAUGAAGGGCAUUGUGAUCUCGAUGUUUCUUGUGCUAGGCACGGUUCACCUAAUGGUGCAUCAAGGGGAGGCAGUUGAGUGCACCCAAGUGAAUCGGUUGUUGGCUCCUUGCAUUCCCUACUUGACUGGCAAGGCUACUGAACCCACAGAGGAGUGCUGCCGUGGGGUGAGUGACAUCAAGACACUCACCCCGACCACCGAGGACAGGCAGGAGGCCUGUGGAUGUGUUAAGACAGCAGCUGCUCACAUCCCCAAUGUUGAUCCAGCUGCAGCUGCUGCUCUCCCAACCGAGUGUAAAGUAGACAUUGGAAUUCCGAUCUCAAAGAACACCAACUGUCAGGAUGUCAAAUAACAUGGAGGAUUGAUUAUCAUCGAUACAAGAAAUAAAGAAAGGAAGCACAGAGGCUAGGAUUGCUGUUUCCUUCAAAUAAAGCCGUUACAGAUUUCUUUUUAUAAAAGAAAUGAUUAAUUAUGAAAUAAG